UUUCUUGAAUUUUGUUGAUUUCUCGACCGGCAAUUUUCUUUGUCUAAUUGUCAAAGUUUUCUCGAGUCUGCUGCUGUCACAUUACAUUCUCAAGAUAUCGAAUCGUUUGAUAUAUUUUAUGAACAUUUGAAGUGAUUUACAAAUUAUAGCGCAAAAUUUUAAAUUUCCAGUUGCAGGGUAUCAGAAAAUGUGACAUUUGGUUCGGUUUCUGUUUUUUGUGGAUAUCAGCUAACGCGCAGGUCCGACACUUCUAAAACAUGGCCGGUCGUAGUGGUUAUGAUGAUAGAGACAACAGGGACUAUGGAGGCGGUAGAAGAGGAGGCGGACGAAAGCCACUGCCAUCUGAACCACCAUUCAAAGCAUAUGUUGGAAAUCUCCCCAGCCGAACUGUGCAAGGAGACGUCAGUAACAUAAUAUUUUCCACUUUAAAUGUGAAGAAUGUAAGACUUGUUAUGGAUAAGGAUACUGAUAAGUUCAAGGGCUUUGGAUAUGUUGAGUUUGAAACUCUUGAGGAUCUUGAAAAGGCCUUGGAGAUGAAUGGAGAGGUGAUUGUUGAUGGAAACACUAUAAAAGUUGAUGUCGCCGAAGAAAAACGUAGCGAUAGAGGAGGAGGUUUUGACAGAGGUGGCAGAGGUGGGAGGGGCGGAAACCGAAGCGGUGGUUUUAGACAAGGCGGUGACAGGUAUGGGGGGAAUGACGACUUUGAUAGAAGAGGCCCUCCUAGGAACAAUUUCGGAGAUCGCGAUAGAGGCGGACACCGAGGAAACUAUGGUAAUUUUACAGGUGACGAUGGCCCCCACCGAGGAGGCCCAGGUGGUGGCAGCGGUGAAUGGGGAAUGCGUGGUCGGGGGACUCCCGGGAUGGGGGUUGGCGCAGGCGGCGGCGGAUUCAGCGGCAGCAGGCCGCGACCCGACAGAAAAGCCGUCAUUGAUGAUCUUCCGAAUCCCGAACCAGAUACCUCUCGUAGGCCGAAACUAAACCUCUUGCCACGGACCGUUAAAGAUCCAAUUAACACACUGGCAGAAUCCACCCAGAAUUUAGCGAUAUUUGGUGGUGCAAAACCGAGAGAAGAAAAUAUUGGCCAUGACGGCCAGAAAAAUAACGAAUAAUAUCACAAUCCACUUGUAUAUUCUUUAAGUUAUCCUGGAUAGCAAUUAUUUUUUGCAGAAUGUAACGCCGAUAAAACUGCACCUUUUUUAAUUACAAACGUUGUUUUGAUUUUUCUGUGUGUAUAAGUUGAAUCAUAAGAAAUCAGGUUUUGUUGUUGAUGAUUAAGGUGAAAUUAUGAUUGUGCUUUUACAUUUACUGUUAAGGCGUGAUUUAAAGGUUACAUAAAAUUACAAUAAAAUGUACAAAAAACUAACCCACCAUGACAUCCAUCAAUUGAUUCUAUGCAAACCAAAUCCCAUUGGAAUAAAAAUUUAAAUGGAAAAUAUUAUAAGGUUUCUUAGAUAAUCGAAUGAAAUUCAUCCUAAAGAAUGAUGCUUGUUCUGGAAGAACAUACGAGUAGAACCUUGGUGCAUGCUGUAAGUAGUACAUUUUUAAUAUACUCGUAUUGUUCUUUUGUCCGUUUGUCGCCGUUACGUAACAAUGUCUUACGAAAUAAGUAAACAGACUGUGUACCGGUACCAUGUGCAUAGGAGAAAUUGCACGCUACCCAAGUCAUUCUGUAACGCACCUGCUACUCAAAACACACGCGCACGCACAUUUUCUGCGGUUAUUUAUCAAUAGAAUGACUCGAGGAACGGCUUUUCUAUGAUGGAAACGUUGAAGAAUACAUUUUUUUCAAAAGGUGUUGAAACCACGCUCGCUUUCUAUUCUACUUCCCCGAUUUCAAAAAUUGGCUUAUUUGGCAUAUCACCGUAGAUUAACAAUUUUUGUUUGUUUCAAUGUUCAUAUCCGCUCCUUUGCACGUGAAAGAUUUAAUAAAAAUACUGCCAGUCAAACUUUUAAAUUGUCACAUAUGAAUGUGAAGUGGUCCCAAGCGUUACCGUUUUUAUGACUCGAAGGACGCAACACUAAGGCCCCAUUUUACUAAAAAGGUCUUUGAUCACAAAUUCAACCAAUGAGAAUGCGACUUGCAAAAUGUCUCAAAUUAGAUAUAAAUUAUACGAUUUGUGCAAGAUGGGUCCCUCCUGCCUCCUCCCUAUAUUAAAUCAAGAACAAACACUUUUUUCAUUGGCGGCCAUGAUACAAUGCACCAAAGCAUUUGAGCGAUGCAUUGACACAAAUCUGAUACAAUAUCUAUCUAUUGAUAUGAAAAUAACAGUGUCUCACUCUUGCAGUGCAAAAUUCAGCUUAAUCUCUAUUUCUUAAGGACAUAAAAUUACAGAAUUCUUAUUCUUUAAGAAGCAUCUCGCGCUAUCUACUGGGCAGUAUCACAACUACUUUUAGCUUUGCCACCGUUACCGCGACGCAGCGUGGUCGUGUAGUCGUGCUACCGUCCAGUAGGGUGCGCGACAUGUUCCUGCUAACAGUAAGUAAAUUCAUUAUUUACUCGAUAUUUGUUAAAUAAUAAACAUUCUACAAUUUUGUCUUGAAAUAAUUUAUUAAGCAUAAUUUUGUACAGCAACAGUGAGACGCUGCUAUUUUCAAUAAAAAAAUCAAUAAUGGCGUCUUGUCAAUCUAUUGUAUCAGGUUUGAUCCAUGUUUCGAAUAGGCCACAAGUACUUUUGGAUUUUUGGAAUUUGGGUCAACUUUUAUUUCCGGCCACAAAUGAAAAAAAAAAGGUUUUGAUAGCUAAAUUUAAGAAGCAUUUUUUUAUAUGGGAAUUAGGGACCCAUCUGACACAAAUCAAAUCAUCGGUAGUUUGAGAGACAUCGUGAAUGAAAUCAACCAAAUUCAUAAGAUCCCAUUACUUCGCUACUCAUUGACCCAAUUUGUACCAUAGUUGCAUACGCGCUAAAUUUGAUUCCCGCUGGGCAACAUCAAAAUUGUGUCUAAAGGUGAUCAACAAUAUGGUGGGCAGACCCGCCUUAUAAGUUUCUCAAAAACUGCACCGGCAGGAUCCCGGUUUGAAUCCGGUGAGAAAACAUUUACAGGCGUUGAGAGACCAUAUUUGCCUAGUGCUUUUUAUAUGCGAGUCUACCCACGAGACUGACAUAAAACAGUGUGCGUAGCAAACCCUGGAGUUAACAACUUAGUCUCGGUCGCCGUUUCGUAUCGCUGUGUCCUAUCACUGUCGUGGCACGGGACUGCACUUUAAAAGCUACUACACACAAGCCGGCGGCAAUACAAGCCGCCGGCAUAAGCCGCCAAGCAUCAUUCCGGUUGUGACAGUCACAUAGAACGCUAGUGAAGUGCAUAUUUUAUGGUUGGUUAGUUAAAAUGAAUAAGUAAAUAAUCAGCACAGCCGCCGCAGUUGUAAUUUUUAUUUUAACAAGAAAAGAAUACAAAAGGACGAGAAGGUUUUGGUUGCACCCAAGUUUACAAAAUAGAAAAUGGCGAAACGGUACUGUAAUGAUAGAAGAGUAUAAAAAAGAUGAUGUGGGGUGUCAGCGUUUGCGCAAUAGCAUGUUUUUUGGGUUUCUGUACAUCGUCUAUGCCUGCACCAGAUUUGUGCAACUGUUCGAACUUCUUUUUUCCCGAAAAUAAUGAGAGGUUACAUUCUUUAACUUUCUCUCUACUUCGCCUUUAUCAAUGUCAAAUACACUUGCAAUUAUGUUCAAUGCGUCGAUUGUUCCUAUUCUUAUAGUCUGCAUUUCUGGGAUUACAUAAUAUAUCAUUUUCAUGAAAUUUUUCAAUUAAGAGCAGCACAGCUUCGUCGUCCCAUUAAACGCAUUUUAAUUUGUUUAAACACACAAACCGCACAACACUACCGCUCGAAUACCAGGAACGAAGUGACGCCGGCAAGCCGCGUAAUCCGCCGGCACACCCCGGCGGCUCCUUUGCGCGGCAAGGCCGGCGGCUUUGUAUGCCACCGGGUGUACGGAGGCUUAGCCGGCGGCUUGCCCGGCGGCCCCGCCGCCGGCACUGUGUGUAGCAGCCUUUAGAGAGCAUGUCUCCACUGUAUGACCAUGUCUGAACACAGCAGUAGAGACAUUGGCCAAUCUGACGGCUGAUGACUGUGAUACGGUGUUCAGAAUCCUGAAAAUAUUUUUGUUAUAUUUUUAGCAUGAUGCAUGGACUUUGUGACAAGGUAGGUAAAUUGUAGCUUACUAGUGGAUAAUCUAGGACUCACAUGCGCAAGCUGGAUAAAAUGUCAUCAAACAGCACUGGUAGAUACUUUUACUUUUUUGCUUGAACAUGUUAAAUGUGAAAGUAACCUUUGGCUGAAUUUUGCCCUCAAUAAAUCUUAUUGCUAUUUCUUAAUUAGUCGCUGUCAUUAACCAAUGAUUCCCUUUCAGAUACAACAGGCAGGCCAAGGCUUAAACUCCUGCCAAGGACCGUUAAAGAUCCAAUAAACGCUCUAGCGGACUCGACACAAAACUUGACUAUAUUCGGCGGCGCGAAACCCAGGGAGGAAAAUAUUGCGCCCGAAGCUCUAAAAAAUGAAUAAUCACAAUUUACUUGUACAUUUCUCAUUCUGGAAAAUAAUUUAUAAUCGAUGAAUGUUGACACUGCAACUUUUUCAAUAACAAACGUCUGAAUAUCGUUUUGUUCCGUUCCUUUUAGUGUGUGUUGGUUAUUGAGUAUUGAUUAAUUUCACAUAGAUCGUGGAUGGUCUAGGUGACAAUCUUCCAUCAUUCAAGCUGGUGAUGUGUACAGUAAGAUGCUUAUAGUUUUGUGGAGUAUACUCUAAAGCUGAGAAUCCACUGAUGAAUAUCAGAUGCGAUUGAAAAUUGAUCUGAGCCCAUUACACGCGGACCAGUUGACAAGACGCGUUGCGCUACCACCCUACCUGAUACCAUGGGUAAGAAAUAGAAAUGGCUAAGCUCCAGUCGAUUCGUUGGCAAGUCGCAGUGUUUUUGGCCUAAAUCUCCACACCUGUGUUGUUAUUAUUCUACAUAGGUUUUAAAGUAGUGUAUAUAGAAAAAUCCCGUAUUACGUAACUGCAAUAUACCAGGUAUAGUGAUCUGAUCGCCGUAAUUGUCACUUUGAUACUUGAGCUAUGUGCUGUUGCUCUGAUAUGAUGUAACAUCUGCUUCAUGGAUGGCACUAGCGGCUGACAUUCAUAGCUUCUUUGGUAUAAGCUGUAAGUUCUAUACUAUAGAUCUAUUUCUUCAUAGGUCGCGUUUAUAGCGACUACACGUGGCGUGGGCUAGCGACUACCUAGUACAAGGAUGGGGAUAAGAUUAUUUUACAUAAUGUGGGUGCGGGCCGUUACGUGCAGACAAGAAGCGCAGUUUGUUAGCGGCAAUGAGGAGUUUGGACGAUCUAAAUAUUUGAAAACUGCCGAUAUGUAGCACAACUUGCGCUAAUUCGGUUGACCGACUAGUUCGCAGUAGCAGUGGCUUCCUUUUGAUCAUACCUCUGUGUGUAGCAGUCUGUCCAAAAAAAGCACAAGGAAUUUUUUUUAUCUGAUUUUUGUUUGAAUGAAUGUAUUUUGAAGAGGUCCACAUGAUGUUGUCGCGACCUGCUGGGGAACUGUUAAUGCCCUUUCCACGUACCGCGAGUUGUUUGUGAACUGUUCAAGACUCGGUGGAUACACACACACAGUUACGUCCCCUAUUUUGUUUGAAUAUGUGCUACGUUGGUGACCAAAUAAUGUCAACCGUUUGAACGUCUACGCAUAACAAGGUAGCCAUAUGGCUUUUAUCAUCCCGCAGGAGCAGUGAUGGUACUUUCAUGACGUUAGAGAAUGCUCAAAUACAUGAAAAAAUAUUCUUAGACUAAAUUCAAUACGAUUAUGUCAUGGCUGUGUGUAGAAUGUCAUUUACAAUCGGCAGUUUCAUUUAGAAAAUACAAAUAUUUGAAUUUUUAUUGCUAUGGGAUUAGGGCUUUACAGUGUUACCUUUAUCAUUUCUUUGGAAGGCAGUCUUUUUUUGAACAUGUGUUUACAGUUUAUACACACGUAUUCUAAUUUCUUUAUAUUAGACAUAGUAAAUAAGAACGUCUCCAUCUGGCUGAUAAUCCCUGUUUCCUAAAUCUAGUGAUCAACAUUGGUAUGACAGUUGAGGAACAAUUAAAAAAUUGAUAUGUUUUGAAGUUCUUAUAUAAUUGGAGAUUAUCCUGCUCUUACGAUAUAUCGUAAUUCUCUUUUUCAUACAUACAUAGUAUCCACAAAACCACAAUCAGUCUUGAUAUUGGGUAUAAUCAUCACCAGCUUUUAUCUGAAAGAAAAUUUGUUAAAACGAUUAGUUUUUUGUAAAAUGUUUUAGAGCUGCAUUUCGAUUUUGUUGGUAGAAUUAGGAGAAUAGUCAUUUGAAUGAAAUAGUCACCAGAUUUAUUUUCUUUUUCUGUUAUUCGAACUAUAUAAGUAACCAGUUUUACCCAUUGUCAUGAUAGGCAACGAAAUAAAUUUUAUUGGCAAUCAUAGCUAAUUUGUUAUAAGUAUAUUAUGGAUGUGUAGUGAACAGGUGUGAAAUCAUAAAAAAGGGAUGCAUUUUUUAUGAUUUGAGUUUCUGAUCAGAGCGUCAAAGUACAAUAUAUUUAAAAAGUACUUUUGUUAAUAAAGGUACUCGUAUAUUUAAAAUGAUUAUAUUGAAUAAACACACUAACACAAAGUGGUUCAGAAAAUAACAUCCAUAUUCCAAGGGGGAAAGUACGUCCAAAAAUAACACAAAAUGUUGAUACAAACGUGGGUUCCAAACUGUCAAGUUGAAAUACAAGGUGUUGAAGUCGUAAUUUCCAAAUUAUCUCCGAAGCGGAUUCAGGUAUGGACUUACAUUUUGUAUAUGCAGUAGUACUAGCAGAAGACUCAUUAAAAACAAAAAAAAAACCUGGGAUAUUUUAACUCUCACAGAAUGAAUCUAAAGCUUAAUAUUAAAAGUUUAUAUAUAUAUAUAUAUUACAAUGAGGGAGUAAUCUCAACUCGCUACAGCAUUAUUUGAAUAAUAUUAAUGUUUUUUUAUGUCACAUCAGUGAUGUAGAAAUUUUCCACACCCUGUAUUCUAGGUAAUGGGAGAUUUUAGGACAUAUGUUAGUAAUGUUUCAUGAUAUUUUUGGAUACACAUACUUUUUAGAACUAUCGAUGUUGUUUUUUAAUCAUCCUGUAUAAUUAUUAUUGUCCGUCCCACAUUUUGGAUUCAAUUACAGAAAUUUUUCCAAAUAUAUAUAUAAUAUAACCAUUUUAUUUACUAAAACUGAUUACUUGUAGUAACAGUAUAUUGCAUGCAUUAGAAAAAUAACUUUCGUUGGGAACUGUGUUACAUAUAUUUAUAUGUAUUUUCCUUGUCAACAUUGUAAAAAUGCUAUCUAUCUCUGGUGACUUUUGUAAAUUAUGGAGUAAAAUUUUUACGAUGCCCUUGACAGAUGUUACACAUAUUGUGUAGACUAUGCUGUCUAUGUAUAUUAAUUAUAUUAAAAAAUAAACGUUUGAAAAAAAUUAAA